CUUUGUGUCGCUGAAGCAGCUCCGCUCAGCAGCAAACAAACCCGCGCCGGCUUCCUCCUCCUCCUCCCCACGUCGGCGCCAUCAGCAGCGCAGACGCAAAACCCUCCCUCACAAAACAUGUCCUACCUCGACCGCCCGGGCAAGGGCCCUCGGCGGCCGCCGCCGUCGCCGUCGCCGUCGGUGGCGUCCACCACGUCCGCGGCGCCAGGCGGCGGCGGCGGCGGCGGCGGGACGGCGACGACGCCAACCAAGAAGCAGAAGCGCGACUCGGCCGCGCCCAUCUUCUCGCAGCCGGCCAAUACGGGCUUCGGCACCGACGUCGGCACCAACAUCAUCUACAUCGUCGAGUACCUCAAGAAGGAGGGCGGCGCGCCCCGGACGCUCGACGACCUGCUGGCCCACGUCGGCCUGACGCGCGUCGACGAGCGCAAGAUGCGCGAGGUGCGCGACCGCCUCCUCACCCACACCAAGGUCAAGUACAACCCCGAGACGGAGCCGCCCGCCGGCGCCGACCCGGCCGAGUCCUGGCGCCGCGGCACCUACGAGCACUGCCCGACCCUGCCGGGGGUCAAGGACGAGCACGCGCUGCUGGCCCACCUGCGCAGCCUGCGCCAGGCCCAAGGGCUGGCCGUCAAGGACAUCAAGGACGGCUGGGCCGACUGCGAGAAGGCCAUCGACCGCAUGGAGGCCGAGCACAAGCUGCUCGUGGUGCGCGCCAAGAAGGGCGGGCUCGCCCGGUCCGUCUGGAUCGACGACCCGGCCCUCAACCACGACGUCGACGACGAGUUCAAGAUUCUGUUUCACCGCGUCGAGAUGCCGGCCGCCGAGGACAUGGUUAGGAAGCUCACCCAGGUCGGCCAGAAGCCCACGAGCGAGGACCCGCGCCUCAAGAUCCAGGCGGUCGAGAAGAAGCAGAAGAAGAAGUCGGCGCGUCGGAGCGGCGCCCAGAGGACCAACACGCACAUGGCGCACCUGCUCGAGAAGUUUAAUCAAAAGUGA